AUGUCCCUCGUCUCCCUCUUCCGACGCCGUUGGCAGCGCCUUGCAGUCGUCUCGAUCGUCUUCUGUGCCGUUUCUCUUUCCAUAUUAUCCACCCAAGAGGAGAGCAAACACGAUGACGAACCCUCCGAAUUGCAGAUGAAAUUCCCUUUGCUGUGGGAACAUGUACAUAUUUCCAAUGGCACUGGCGGAGCCUGGUAUAUACCACCCGAGUGGUUACCCGAAUCGCAACCGACGCCUGAAACAAUUGUAGAUGCAGCCCAACUCGCAUUCAAACUUGCCAACUCGACUACCCACCGAUCUAUCUCUCAUUCCGAGAUUCCCUUGAUUGUUCAUCAGACAUGGAAGAACACCGACAUCGACACGUGGCCAGAGACGAUAUGUGACAGUGUGGAGAAAUGGUUGGAUUUUGUCGUUGACACGCCUAUGGCGUAUUUCUUGUGGGACGACGAUGGCGUAUUCCAAUUUUUAGAGAAGUUUGAUCCCGGUUUCAUUGGGGAGUUUUCCUCUCUGCCAGCAAAUGUUGAGCGGUCAGAUGUUUUCCGCAUCCUGGUCUUGAAUUACAUUGGAGGCAUUUAUGGAGACGUCGACACUCAUCCACUACGGUCGCCGGCGACCUGGAUCGUGCCCUCAGACCUAAUGCCUUGGUAUGACCCUGAGACGGGUGCAUCCUACAAUUCCACUGGCCCAGUUAAGGCCGUAUUCGGUCUCGAAGCCGAUUGUCCUCCCGACAGCGACUCGUAUUGGCGAAUGGGCUAUACGCACCCAGUUCAGCUGACCCAAUGGGCACUGGCUGCAGCACCCGGUCAUCCUGUGCUAUCGCGAUUCAUGGAUAACCUGUCGCAUCGCCUGCAGGAGGUGGCAAGUCGCCAUGGGGGCAAUCUGACGUCCGCGUCCGCGUUCCGGGAGCUCCAGCGAUUAGAUCCCCUUGUUUUAACGGGUCCCGCUGCUCUCACCGUAUCAGCGAAGAGCUGGUUAGAGGAGAGUGCCGGAUUGCGAUGGAACGCUCUCACUGGAUUGCACGAUGGCGGAAAGAGCAAAUUAGUAGAUGAUGUUAUGAUUCUUCCUAUCACGGGAUUCAGUCCCGGUCGCGGUGUAUAUGGCAACAUGGGCUCCAAGCCCACCACCGAUCCCGAUGCGCGUUUAUUGCAUCAUGCGCAAGGAUCGUGGAAGUCGUUCAACUUGCGAGUGGAGUUUGGGAAGUUUUGUCGCACCUUUUUUGGUCUUUGCAAGGAUUGGUCCAAGAGAAGUCGAACUGCGCAGGCAACGCUCAAUGAAGAGGGGCACUCGGGAGAGGAUGAGGGUUCAUUUAUGAGCUUCACACUGUCUUCUACGAGGUGGGAUAUGUUGAGAGAAAAGGAAACUUGA